AUCAAUACACAUUGUCUAGGGUAAUUAUUUUUCCACAGAGAGCAUAAGGCGGAAAUAACGUUAAUAAAAAAAAAACUAAAAACAAAACGAAACUACUUAUUUUGACGUCAUCACACUGCGCCCAUCAGCGGGACCAUCGCGGCUUUUGAAACAAUUGGCCGUGCAGCUUUAUCGAACGAUCACUUUUACAGCUUUUUUUCGUCUUUACUCAGAAGUCUGACAUGAUCGAUAUGAUCGAGAAGGAGGACCCGGUUAUCACCGAGGAAGAGGCGGCCCAGUAUGACCGCCAGAUCCGACUUUGGGGUUUGGAUGCUCAGAAGAGACUGCGUGGGUCCCGGGUUCUCCUGGCAGGUUUAGGUGGCCUGGGGGCAGAAGUGGGCAAGAACUUAAUCUUGGCUGGAGUGAAAGGACUCACUUUGCUGGAUCAUGAGAAGGUGACUGAGGAGUCAUGUCGCGCUCAGUUUCUUGUCCCGGUGAGCGAGCGGGGCCGGAAUAGGGCUGAGGCGUCCCUGGAGCGCGCCCAGAACCUCAACCCUAUGGUGGAGGUGCUCGCUGACACGGGCAAAAUAGAAGACAAACCUGACACUUUCUUCCUGCAGUUUAAUGCGGUUUGUCUGACGGGCUGCUCCAGAGAUGUGAUGGUGCGUGUGGACCAGCUUUGCUCGCAGCAUGACAUCCUGGUCUUCUGCGGCGAUGUCCACGGUUACUAUGGUUACAUGUUUUGCAACCUCGGACCCGAGCACAACUACGUGGAGGAAAAACCCAAAGUGGUGAAGAAGUCCUCGGGGGACUCCAACGAUGGUCCCGACGCCAAGAAGGUCAAAGUGGACCCCAACGAGACCACCAUGGUGAAAAAGACGUCUAGGUUCUGCAGGCUGAAGGAGGCCCUGGAGGUGGACUGGAGCAGCGACAAGGCUAAAGCCGCCCUCAAGCGGACGCCUGUCGACUACUUCAUGCUUCACGUGCUGCUUAAGUUCCGAACGGACAAGGGCAGAGACCCAGACCCACAAUGCUUUGCAGAGGACAGCCAGCUGCUGAGUCAGAUCCGCCAAGACGUCCUGGAGACACUGGCGGUGAGUGGCGACCUGCUCAACGACGACUUUAUCAGUUUCUGCUUCUCAGAGAUGUCGCCGGUGUGCGCCGUGGUGGGCGGUGUGCUCGGACAGGAAAUUGUUAAGGCUCUGUCCCAGAGAGACGCUCCACAUCGCAACUUCUUUUUCUUUGAUGGCCGCAAAGGAAAUGGCAUGGUGGACUAUUUUGGACCAAACUGAGUUCGUGCUGAUGGAGCUCGCUCUACCAUCCGUUCAUCCAUCUUGCAUAGCAUUUGUUUAUUUACGGUAUAACCUCACCACCCACACGCUAUUCUCCUGACUUUUGACAUUUUCUUACUUUUAUUAAAAAAAAAAAAUGAUGCAGAAAAGCAUUUUGACGUUUGUGUUAAGAUUUAAAUAUGUUUUAAAUGAGUGUGAGAAUACCUUGUUUAUUUAAUUAGCAGGACCACUCAACCAAUAUCCCAAAUAUUUGACCAAUUGUUUGUUUCAAAAGUCCACUUGCAUCUGGGCCAUAGUGGGGCACUGACACACCAGAUCAUACUGUAUAUACUAUACUAUAUACUACAAAUACUGUAUAUUUAGUUAGACUGCCCAUGCAUGCACACAAAAGGACCAGUCAAAAUGUAUCCUCCCACACAUACGAAUUUGGGCUCAUCAAAUAUCCAAACAACACUUCCCACCCCAAGUAUCAUCAUGUGUGUUUAUUUUAUAUUUAUAUAAGAGGUGUAAAUAACAUGAAAACCAGAGAGAUGCCUAUAGGUAAAAAACAAACUGAAACUUUUGAUGUUACUCACUGUUUCAAUACCUUUGGACGGGAGUGUUUGUAAAUACAAAAAGAAACCAAUACUUUUUUCCAAUUCACUUUAUUAUAUAAAAGAACAAAGUAGAAAAUCAGACUGCAUCUCAAUGAAUUACAAUACAGUGAAACCCAGCAUUGAGGGAACUUAUCCUCUGUUAUUUGCAGUUUGGUGCUCAAGCCAAAACCAUGUCUAAUAAAAAUAUUGAUUUGGAGCCAUCUUUUGACAUCUGGUGCAAAGGAACUAUUUGCUAAAGUGAGGCUAGAAGCUUAAUUUAGUCAGGCCAUAUCCUUGCUGCCAUCUAUAAGCAAUUACAAACCUCUUUGGGUGGGUGUCAAUUACUUGUAGAUUUUUGCUAUUCACGGCAAGGUCCUUUCACUGUAUGCUAGAAAAGUUCAUUUAUUUCAUUAGUUCAAUUCAAAAAGGGAAAAAAAUACAUCCACUAUAUAAUUUCUCACAGAAUUUCUUAUCCAUCCAUCCAUUUUCGAUAGCAUUAUCCUCAGUAGGGUCACGGGUGAGCCGGAGCCUAUUCCAGCUGACUGGACGAGAGGCAGGGUAUACCCUGUACUGGUCGCCAGACAAUCAAAUACAAGAAUUACCGUGUAUGGGCAAUUUAGAGUCUUCUAUGAGUCUAACAUUCACGUUUUUGGACUGUGAGAGGAAGCCAGAGUACACAAGGCUACAGCCCAGAUUUGAACACUGAACCUUUGAACUUUGAAGCAGACGUGCUAACUACUAAUCCACUGUGCUACCACCUAUAAUUAUGAAAAUUCUAAAUAAAAAAAUCAUGAAACAGGAAACCCUUAUAAGGGUAAUUUCCACGAUAUGAAUCGAACUACGGAAACAAAUGGAAGUUUUCCACCAUAUUCAAAUUCAGUGAUUCCCAACCACUGCGGCGGCACAUCAGUGUGAUAUGAGUGAUCAAGUGUGGUGCAAGGAGAAAUCCAUCCAUCCAUUUUGUGAGCCGCUUCUCCUCACUAGGGUCGCUGGCGUGCUGGAGCCUAUCCCAGCUAUCAUCGGGCAGAAGGCGGGGUACACCCUGAACUGGUUCCCAGCCAAUCGCAGGGCACAUACAAACAAACAACCAUCCGCACUCACAUUCACACCUACGGGCAAUUUAGAGUCUCCAAUUAAUGCAUGUUUUUGGGAUGUGGCAGGAAACCCAUGCAGGCACGGGGAGAACAUGCAAACUCCACAGAGGCGGGGCUGGGGAUUGAACCCGGGUCCUCAGAACUGUGAGGCUGACGCUCAAACCAGUUGUCCACUGUGCCGCCAGGAGAAAUCCAAUUUAACUUAAUUGGUCUGAAAUGUAUUGUCUAUUUACUACAAAUAAUGUAUCUUUGUUCUUAUAUCGAAGCUAGUGACGUAUAA